UUUUGCAAAAAAUCGGGAAAUCCUCGCCGGCCAUUCUGCCCUGUAGCCAUCCCCGGGUGACCCUUGUCGGCUACUAAACCACACGGUCAGAGUGUCUCUGAUUUUUGCUCCUAUGCUCUCGUAUAUAGCUCUCCACUCUCUCUCUAUUGCAUGAGAGAGAGAGAGAGUUUAGAGAGAGAUCUAAUGGAGUAUGAGAGGAUUCACAAAGUUCAGGCUGGGAUCAUAUCUCCCACUAAAUUAAGGAUGAAGCUCAUAAGGCCUCACCAUGGGAGAAAGAAGGAGGGAUCCAACAGCAACUCUUCAAGAACUUCUCCUUCAAAGCUCGAGGAUUCUGAGUUUGUGAAGAACGGCUUAUUGGCCUCGAAGAACGGAGAUUUUGACGAAGAAGCUCCCAGCUUAGAUGUUCCAUCGGCAAACUUACCCGGCGAGGCGGUACCGGAUUCCGGUCAAGAUGAUCGGGAUUCAUCCCGGGCGAAGGACUUGCUGCCGAGGAAAAACGGCGAGAUGGGUCACGCUAAAAUGCAGCAAUUCUCUAGGCCUGAUACCGGCAAGCUGAGUACAAUUCACCCGGUGAGGAAUUUGGAAGAUGAGAAUCUUGAUUAUGACAGUAAUGCUAGUUCGUCGAGCUUUGAGUUUCACAAGGCAGAGAGAUCGCUGCACAAUCCGAGAUCGAUGUCGAGGCCUAUGCCUUCGAAAUGGAAUGAUGCUGAGAAAUGGAUAAUAAAUAAGCACAACGCCCAAUCUUAUAGCACUAAAAAGGGUUUUGCACAAGGUCCGGCGGGUCGGUUGCCGGUGACGAAUCCGGUGAAGGUUACGCCGGAGUCUGGUAGCUAUGAUCAGAGAUUACUGGGUAACAGAUUGGCUGACACUAAACGGGCUGAUUUUUGUCAGCCUGCAUCACAGAUGGGGAUGGAGAAGUUUUCCUUUGUUCCUGCAGGCAUUCAUCCCAUUCUGUGCCAAGCAAAUGGGUCAAAUGCAUUCAGCGAUCUUUGUGCUGAAAGUAAGGAUUUGAAGGAAGUGGGUCACAUAGAAAUUUCAUUUACAAAAACUACAUCAGAAGACACAAGAGCUCCUCCCACCAUAAGAUCAGUUGCAAUGAGAGACACGGGAACAGAAAUGACCCCGGUUGCAAGUCAAGAGCCUUCAAGGACUGCUACACCAUUGGGAGCAACUCCAUUUCGCAGCCCAACUUCUUCAAUCCCUUCUACUCCCCGAGGAAGAGCACCAGCUCCCACACCUAUGGAGCAUACCACGGAUGAUGAAUUUAAACGUCCAAUAGAAAAUAGAAAAAGGGAAUUGUCAGAACAAGAACUGAAGGAAAAGACAAGAAAAGAGAUUGUAGCACUUGGUGUCCAACUUGGCAAAACAAAUAUUGCUGCAUGGGCAAGUAAAGAUGAACAAGAAAAAAUGACUUCUGUUAAGACCUUUAAUAUUGAUGAAGUUGAUCGAAUUGAAAAUGAAAAGCGUGCCACUGCGUGGGAGGAGGCUGAAAAAUCUAAACAUUUGGCAAGAUAUAAGCGUGAAGAAAUUAAAAUCCAAGCUUGGGAAAGUCAACAAGAAGCAAAAGUGCAAGCAGAGAUGAGAAGAAUAGAGUAUCCAAUAUGAGGGACAUUUUAAUGCAACCAAUUUCUUGAAGGGGAUGAAUAUUUUGUAAUCAGCAAUUGCCUGUGAUGUGCAGAGCAACUCUGCUAAGGUAUGAAUUUUUUUGCACCUUCCAGGCCCAGGUUGAACAACUGAGAGCCCAGGCUCAUGCAAAGAUGGUGAAGAAGAUUGCAAUGGCGAGGCAAAAAUCAGAAGAAAAGCGAGCCGCAGCCGAAGCAAGAAGAAAUCAACGAGCAGAAAGAACUGCAGCUCAGACAGAGUAUAUUCGCCAAACGGGUCGAAUCCCAUCAUCCAAUUUCAUUUGUUGUGGUUGGUUGUGAUAUAACUGGAAAAAGAAAAGCACGAAAUUUAUUGGUAAAAUCACACAGCCAACAGCCUCUGUUGUAUUUUUUGUUUCGAUUUCAUUUUCAUCAAAUGGGUGUUGUCCUUUAUGUUCAACAUCAUAUUUAUAGAGCAACUGCAGCAUUUUGAGUUUUUGCAGGAAA